AUGUGUGGUAUCUUUGCUGCCUAUAGGCAACCAGAUGUUGAAAAAUUCAAGUCUAAAGCUUUACAAUAUUCCAAAUUGAUCAGACACAGAGGCCCAGAUUGGUCUGGUAACGUCAUCCAAAAAUCAACUAUUUUAUGUCACGAAAGAUUGGCUAUUGUUGGUUUAGACUCCGGUGCUCAACCAAUCACUUCUCCUGAUGGUAACUUCACUCUUUGUGUCAAUGGGGAAAUCUAUAACCAUAUCCACUUAAGAGAAGAAUUCAGCGACUACAAAUACAAGACCCACUCUGAUUGUGAACCAAUCAUUCCCCUUUUUGAAAAAUACGACAUCGACGCUCCUAAGUACUUGGAUGGUAUGUUUGCUUGGGUUUUGCAUGACGCCAAGAACGAUAGAAUUGUUGCUGCCAGAGACCCAAUCGGUAUCACCACCUUAUACUUGGGUAAGUCCAAGGCCAACCCAGAAACUAGAUAUUUCGCUUCUGAAUUGAAAUGUUUGCUUGAAGAAUGUGACGAAGUUGUUGCAUUCCCUCCAGGACACAUAUAUGACUCCAAGACUGACCAAAUCACCAGAUACUUUACCCCUACUUGGUGGGAUGGUUCCAAGAUUCCUGAAAAGAGAGUCGACUAUAAAGAAGUUAGAGAAAGUUUGGAAUUGGCCGUGAGAAAGAGAUUGAUGGCCGAAGUUCCAUACGGUGUUUUAUUAUCCGGUGGGUUAGAUUCUUCUUUAAUCGCCGCCAUUGCUGCUCGUGAAACCAGAAAAGCCGUGGAAUCCUCUUACAACCCAAGUGGGGUUGAUGCUAACGAAGAAUUAACCGGUAUCGAUGACUCUGGUGCUCUUCACAACAACACUCUUUUCUCACAAUUACAUUCUUUUGCAAUUGGGUUGCCAGGCGCUCCUGAUUUAAUUGCUGCUGAAAAAGUUGCCCAUUUCAUUGGUACCAUUCACCAUUCUCACACUUUCACCUUGGAAGAAGGUGUUGAUGCCUUAGAUGAUGUCAUUUACCACUUGGAAACCUACGAUGUCACCACCAUCAGAGCUUCUACCCCAAUGUACCUUUUGUCCCGUAAGAUUAAGGCCCAAGGUAUCAAGAUGGUUCUUUCCGGUGAAGGUUCCGAUGAAAUCUUUGGUGGAUACUUGUAUUUUGCCAACGCCCCAUCUGCCAAGGACUUCCACCAAGAAUGUGUCCAAAGAGUCAAGAACUUGCAUUACGCCGAUUGUUUGAGAGCCAACAAGUCCACCAUGGCUUGGGGUUUGGAAGCCAGAGUCCCAUUCUUGGACAAGCAAUUCCUUGAAGUCUGUAUGAACAUCAACCCAGAAGAUAAACUUAUUCGUCCAGGACACAUUGAAAAGUAUGUCUUGCGUAAAGCCUUUGACACUUCUGACGAUCCAAGUGCUGCUCCUUACCUCCCUGAUGAAAUCCUUUGGAGACAAAAGGAACAAUUCUCCGAUGGGGUCGGUUACUCCUGGAUUGAUUGUUUGAAGGACACUGCUGAAAGAUUGGUCAGUGAUGAAGAAUUUGCCAACCCUAAGCCAGAGUGGGGUGAUGACAUUCCAACCACUAAGGAAGCAUACUGGUACAGAUGUAAGUUCGACAAGAUGUUUGCCAACUCCAAGGCCGCUGCUACCACCGUCAUGAGAUGGAUUCCAAAGGCUGAAUGGGGUUGUCACGAAGAUCCUUCUGGUAGAUACGCUGCUACCCACGAUCAUAAAGUUGCUGAUGCCUAA